CCUUUCCCUUUGUUCUUCAGAGGCCAAUGCCGCUCUUCAGGAACGGUUGGGCGAAGCCAACACCGCCCUAUGCGCCAAGGAGGUGGAGUGCGGCAAGCUCGCCACAGAGCGCGACCUGCUGGCCGCGCAGCUGGCGGAGCAGAAGGAGUUGCUUAAGGCGGCACAGGACGAGGCAGAGAAGAGAGAGACCGCUCUCCUGGCCGAGUUCGAAAGCAAGCGCACCUCCUGGACUGACAAGGAGGCGAUGCUGACCUCCGGCUUCCACGAGAUUGAAGACAUUGUCGACGACUUCUUCCCUGGCCACUCGUAGGCGGUCCCUCGAGCCAUCGAGGCUGACCGCGAGGCGCGGAGGGCGAAUGGCGAGGAGAUCGCCGCCAACGCCCCCUGACCAUUGACGAGCAGCUCCUGAGCAUCGAGACUCGUCUGCGGCCAGCCCAUCAGCUGCUGCGCCGUCUUCAACGCGCCGGUGCUCAGGCAAUUGCCGCCCUGUGGCCGGGCAUGCCGGCUCUGCGCACUCCUAGUCAGACUGCCAACUGGCUGGAGGUCGCAGCUGGCCGUCUUAAGGCUUGGAAGGGUUCCUCGACCCAGGAUGGAGCGCGUCGGGCCUUGGAAUUCGUCAAGGCUUGGUAUCCAGGGCUGGACCUGGACCGGCUGGCCGCGUUCCGGUCAGAGGCCCAGACAGAGCUGGUGGCUGUGGAAGGCGUCCUCGUCGAGCGUGCGGCGGCGAUUGCCGACUACACCAACACCAGCGUCUUCGUUCCUAAGCGGGCCGUGAACGGCGAGGAGGUGCCACCGGAGUGGUUCGGGAUGAACCCGGACUAUGACGAGGACUCGGCGGAGGUGAUCGGCUCCAGCGCCGAGGAGGAAGAAGAGGCGGAGGACGGAGGCGAGACGGAGGCGCCAGAAGACGGAGCGGACGACCAGUCUCAGCUCGACCGCGCCUCCAGCAACGAGUCGCGUCCGACUGAGCCGGCCGCCGCCGUAGACGAUCAAACUGAGACUGCCCAGCCGGCCGCUCCGGGGCCUGACACCGCCGUCUCCGCCGACCCUCCGAAUCCGUCUGCCGCUUCUUAGGCUGCCGUCUUGCCUUUUUUUUAUCUGCUUUUAGUAGUCUUUGAAAGAACUUGUUAAUUUGCACAAUUCCACCCGCGGGGUGUAUUUUGAACUUGGCCAGAGGCCUAUGUUAUGUAAAUAUCUACCCGACUUCUAUCUUUCCUUGGUUGUUGCUCUUUUGGCUUUUCCCUUUGCCGCCUUCCCACAAUCGCCGCUUUGCCAGACGAACAACCGCUGGGUCAAAUGCUUGGCUACCUUAGGGAAGGCAAGUACUUGGCCUUUUUAGAGUUUUUUAACAAGUAGGAUAGAAGGUGGCAAGCCGACUAUUCAAGAGUUGGCUCUGCGAAGAGAGGCUGGAAGCCGGCUUGGGCUAUGCUUAUGCUUUGGGUCCUUAGCAAUUUUUUCGUGUGGGCGCUCAUUCUUCCUUACUCUCUGCCCACCAACAGUCGCUCUGCGAGCUGCGGCUUCUGACACGAGACGGCUUAAGCACCGCACACUACUUGUCCGACUGCAGGAAGCAUUUCAUAGCGCAAGAUGGCGAGUCCCCGGGCCGACUAGU